GUAGAUACUCUGUGGUAGUGAGGAUAUCUAUGGUGUGUUUGAGAGCUGACAGCGUGCUUCUGUUUUCGUGCUUCUAAUGGUUAUAUUUAUCAGAAGUGAACGGUGAUCAUCAUGAGGAACCUGAAGCUGCUGAAGUGUCUGAGCUCUGUGGAGCUGCAGAGUCCAGGUUCUCCUCAGUGUUUCUCUGUUAGGACAGAUACUGGCUCUCUGCUGAUCUCCUCUCAGUUCUCCAUCACUGAAUAUGAUCCCCCUACAGGACAGGUGUUGAACGAGGUCUCUCUGACAUCUGAAGACUAUCUGCCAGAAGAUGGUCAGGGUGUUGUAGUCGGUAUUCAGGACCUGCCAGAUCAGGAAUCCGUCUGUGUGGCCACUUCACGUGGUGAUGUUGUUUUGUACAACCUGAGCACUAAUCAGUUGGAGUGUGUUGGUACAGUGGACAGUGGUCUGACUGCUAUGAGCUGGAGUCCAGACCAAGAGGUGGUGGUGUUUUGCACAGGCCAGGAGACAAUUAUCCUGAUGACCAAAGACUUUGAGCCUAUAACCGAGGUGGACAUUCACCAGAAUGAGUUUGGAGAAGGAAAAUUCAUCACAGUUGGAUGGGGGAAGAAGGAGACUCAGUUCCAUGGCUCGGAAGGAAAGCAGGCUGCUCAGAAGAAGGCUGCAGAAGUGCAGCCCGCUGUGCCAUGGGAUGAUCGCAGGCCAAGGAUUACAUGGCGAGGUGAUGGACAGCUGUUUGCUGUCAGUGCCAUCUGCCCUCAGACUGGGGCCAGAAAAGUCAGAGUGUGGAACCGAGAAUGCGUUCUGCAGGCUACCAGUGAGGCUGUCAAUGGCCUUGAACAGCCUCUUUGCUGGAAACCCUCAGGAAGCCUAAUAGCCUCUAGUCAACGGCACCCUAACAAACACAGUGUUGUGUUUAUGGAGAAGAAUGGAUUGCUUCAUGGAGAUUUCACUCUGCCCUUUGCAAAGGAGAAGGCCAGGGUGAAGGAGUUGCUUUGGAACAGUGACUCCUCAGUGCUGGCUGUCUGGCUUGAAGACAUGAACCCAGGAGAGGAUGGGAAACGCAACACGUACAUUCAGCUGUGGACAGUUGGGAAUUACCACUGGUACCUAAAGCAGAGCCUACAUUUUGGAAAUGAUCCCUUGAAGGCCCCAGCUUGUUUGUGUUGGGACCCAGAAAAGCCCUUACGCCUGCACCUGCUGACUCGAGCCUGGGCCAGCUACACUUAUGACUGGGGCUGGUGCACAGACCGCAGCCCUGGAGAUGAUUCUCAGGACAAUGCCAAUGUGGCAGUGAUUGAUGGAGAUAAAGUUUUAGUGACUACGUUUCGUCAGUGUGUCGUUCCUCCGCCCAUGUGUUCCUAUGAGCUGCAGCUUCCUGCUGCUGUCAACAUGGUCACCUUCCACUCUCAGCCUCAGAGGACCAAUGAGCUUGCUGCAUUAACAGCUGAUAGUUGUCUACAUAUCUACGGCCGAGGCACUGAAGAUGCAGCUGGAAAUGGUAAAGGAGCACCUGGAUUUCGAGUUGUCUCCAAGCCAUCUGUCUUACAAAAGACAUACAGUGUUGCAGUAGACCAGGAGGGGGUGCUGGCCAUGCGUUUGUUGCUGUGGCUGAAGGAGGAUGUGUUUGUGGCGGUGGCAGGUGGAGAUGGACUAAACCAGUCAAGCCUGCUCUUCCUUAAACCAGCUGAGACUGAGGGCUCAGAUAACAGACUGGAGAUCAGGUCAAAAGUCGAGGUGGAAGGCCAUGUGAUCAGUCUGUGCCACAGUCCUAAAAGUGACACGCUGGCUCUGCAGCUGGAGGAUGGUCAGAUUAGGAGAGUGCACUGUGACUCCACAGAGGUGACUGUAUCAGAGUGGAAGGAUUCUACUGGGUACACUGUAAACUUUCCCCUACCUUGUGUACAUACUGCACUGUGCACCAUCAAUGGACAGGAGCAUGUAGUAGGUCUUACUGAACGUUACCACCUCUAUAUUGGUGACUCUGAGGUGGCCUCAAACGUUUCCUCGUUUGUGGUCUAUGAUGAGUUCCUACUGCUCACCACACAUGCUCACACCUGCCGCUGUCUCCACCUGGCCACAAUGUCCCUCAAAGAUCUAAAAGCUGCUCUGAGUUCAGAAGCUACUCAGAAUGAUGAGAGCACACGCCGGGUAGAGAGAGGCUCUCGCAUCGUUACCGUGGUUCCACAGGACACCAGGCUCAUCCUGCAGAUGCCCCGAGGGAACCUAGAGACCAUCCAUCAUCGAGCACUUGUGCUGGCUCAACUCAGGAAGUGGCUUGAUGAUCUGAAAUUUAGAGAUGCCUUUGAGUGCAUGAGGAAGCUGCGCAUCAACCUCAACCUCAUCUACGACCACAAUCCCAAAGUGUUCUUGGAAAAUGUAGAGACGUUUCUGAACCAGAUUGAUUCCAUCAACAACGUCAACCUUUUCCUUACAGAGCUCAAAGAGGAUGAUACCACCAAGACAAUGUACCCAAAUCCAGCAAGUGCUGCAUGCCAGUCAGCUUCAGCAAGUGGAGCAGAUGGGAAGAAGAAAGUGGACACUAUCUGUGAUGCUCUGCGGUCAGCUAUGGAAACCCUUGAUCCACUGAAAUUUUGUUUGUGUAUUUUAACAUCACAUGUGAGGAAGACCACACCAGAACUGGAAAUAGCUCUACAGAAAGUCCAUGAAUUACGUGUGAAUCCACCGAGUGAGAAGAAUGCUGUGAGUGCUGAAGAGGCCCUGAAGUAUCUCUUGUUCUUGGUCAAUGUGAAUGAGUUGUAUGAACACUCUCUGGGAACUUACGAUUUUGAUUUGGUGCUUAUGGUAGCAGAGAAGUCACAGAAGGACCCCAAAGAGUACCUUCCCUUUCUGAAUAUGCUAAAAACCCUGGAGCCUAAUUACCAGCGCUACACCAUCGACAAACACCUGAAGAGAUACAAGAAAGCCUUGCAUCACCUCAGCAAGUGUGGUGAGGAACACUUCACUGAGGUAGUAAACCUGGUGAAGGAUCAAAGGCUGUACACUGAAGCUCUGCAGCUCUACCCUGCAGAAAGCCAGCAAUACAAGAUGCUGAGUGUGGCCUAUGCAGAGCACCUUGUAGAGCAGCAGCAGGCUGAGCAGGCGGGGCUGUUGCUGUGGCGCUGUGGAGAGAUGCCCCGGGCCCUGCAGGCUUUCGUCAGCUGCAUAAGCUGGAGACAUGCCCUCGCUGUGGCAGUACACAUCCCUCUGCCACCUGAACAGCUGGCACAGCUUGCCAGAGACCUGGCAGAGAAGCUUAUUGAAGUGAGGCGACAUGCGGAGGCUGCUGUGCUGUUGGAACAGUAUGCUAAGGACUGUGAGGAGGCGAUCUCUGCUCUGAUAGAAGGAGCUGCAUGGGAGGAAGCCCUCAGGCUAAUUUACCUUUACAGCAGACAGGACAUAGCUGAAACUCAUCUGAAGCCUGCCCUUUUAGAAGCUCACAGUAAUCAGUUGACCUUUCUGGAGUCUCAGAAGACACUUUUCACACGUCACAAGAACCGCCUGGUCGUGGUGCGAGAGCAGAAGGAGAAGGCUAGAUUGGAGCUCCUUGAUGAGGAUGGGCCUGACUGUGCAGAUGCUGAGCUUUAUUCGGAGGCCAGCAGUGUUCUCACCGGCAGCCGCAUUGGAUCAAAAUACUCAAAAAGCAACUCCCGCAUCUCUGCGAGAUCUUCUAAGAACCGCAGGAAAGCAGAAGGAAAGAAGCACAGCUUGAAGGAGGGAAGUCCCUUCGAGGAUAUCGCUCUUCUCCAUGCCCUCAGUCAGAUCAUCCAUGUGGUUGACAAGAUGAGGGAGGAAAUCCACAGUCUUCUGAAAGCUCUGGUGCUGUUUCAGUUUGACACACUGGCCAGCAGUCUACAGACAAACUACAGUGAGCUGCUCCAGCUUAUAGAAAAGGGCAUCCCAGAAAUCUGGCAGGAGGGUCUUCAACAGGGCCAGACACCAAUCACAGGCCCUAACUCUACCGCCAACAGUAUCAUGGCUUCUUUCCAGCAACCCAGGCCGUCUGCAGUGCCUCAGCAAGAUGCUGAAAUCCUCAUACGACCCAAAAUGCGACAGUCUGUCAAAUGGAAACUCUGCAUGUUAAAGUAAAUUGUGUUUAGGUUAAAAUAUAUUUUACAUUGUAUCAUUAAAGAAUAUUCUGGA